AUGACACUGCGCUUUGUCGAUCCUCCAGCUAUCCUUCUGAAAAUUCCAGAGGAGGACCAGUACGCAUCAGUAAGUCAAGUCCUGUUGGCCGUGCAGGUGGACGUGUAUACCACGUCUGAUACAAGUCUGGCCUUCGUGGUUUAUCGAACCAAUGUCCGUGUGGGAGGUGAAGAAUGGUGCCCCACUACCACGUGGCGGGUGGCUUCUGAUGAGAUAAUCGAUGGAAGUCCUUCUGGUACCUCGACAGUUGGUCUCAUUCAAGAGCGAAUUCUUAUUGCCAACUUUCCGGAUGUGGACGAGUUCGGUGGUGACUUUAUGAAGCCAGGAUGUCAAUACAUCAUUUCCUGCGAGGAAGGCCUGUUCAUCACAGAAGAUACGCCUGCAAAGGUAAAUCCGGAAUUUAAGUGGAACUUCAGCUACAUUGAUCCCUCUCCUGUCCGGAAGGUCUUGCAGAAAAUUGAUGCAAGUGAGGAACUAACUGAUGAUGGUGUGUCAGUGACCUUCAUUGUGCAGUACGACCUUGCCUCUCAGAUCAAUUGCACUGUAAUGCCCGUGAGCCCCGAUGAACCCCCUUUGCUGGCAACUGGCCGCAUUGACACUGGUCAAUUUCGAUCAGUGAUUUAUGCCAGCGAUGAGACCAGGACUCUUGGUGAGUAUACCGUGUACGAUGAGGCCAAUUUGGAGUUCACAGUCACAGGAUUGGUUCCCAGCAAGAGCUACAACUUGAAUUGCGCUGGAUGGAAGCUAAGCAAAUCUUGGGUGCCUGUUGUUUGCGCCAACUACCCUUCAGACUGCCAGAAUUUCAGCUUCACAACGAUGGAUGACACCCGCGCUGACCUUACCUCGGUGAACAUUUUCAAAGCUAUCACCUGCCCUGAUGGAACACAGGUCACAUUAUCCUCGGAGACGCAAACAUAUGAGCAAAUCAAGAGUGGCAUCGUCAUCCUCCUCUCCACAUAUGAGCGGUCCUGCGGUACAGAGUUGGAGGCUGGGGCAUUGGCAAACGCCACAGUGAACUUCAGUGUGAGCCCUCUUUCAAGUUAUGCCUCCAUGAACUUCACCAAUGAAUCGCAGCAGGACAACCAUUUCUUCUCUUAUGAAGUGCAGGAUGACACCGCUAUACUGUACAAGUACAUGAAUAUCACUGUAUGCCCUCAUGCUCACUACUACUCCGACGAUGGUGCCGACUGUCAAAACUAUGUCGUGAGUGUGGCCUUCACGGACACCAAAUUGGAAAUUUUGAAGAUCACAGUCAAGGAUUCAAUCACUGGAGACGAAAAGGCUGAUGGGGCAGGUGCUGGAUCUGAUGUUGAGGCAUCAAAUGGUGACAUUGUCGUUUUUGAUAUGGCAAAAGAUCCAGUGACGGUGCUAACUGAUAUCACUGUUUCGCUUGGCGGAGCAAAUUAUUUCCCUCAGACCGUAGAGGCAGAUGGCGGGAUCGGAGACAUAGUUGGCACAAUUACGUGCACCAUCGAAGGGCAAGGUCUUUCUCUACCUGUCAAGAUGACGAUGAGUGGAACUGAGUUCGAUAUGGAGUACAAGAUUUCCUUCAAGACCCCAACGGUCACUAUUGCAACCAAGUCCUUCAGCCUGACAGAAGCUGACUCCACCAGAAGUCUGAGUGUGGCAUUGGACAACAUCCCCACAUCUGCGCAGGUAGCGCCGGAGGACUUCAUCCGUUUGAGUGUGAGGAAGGUUGGAACUGAGCAGGCUACACCAGGGUUCUGCGAGCAGCAAACAUUCGGCGAUGGCUGGGCUGGGCUGUCUUGCUUAUUGACACUUACACCGUUGUCAGCAGAUAGCUUGGUGGUCGAGAUGGAAAUAAAAAACUUUUCAUCUACGCUCUGGCAAUUGGCAACGGAUGUGUACCACACAGGGGCAAUCAUUUUUUCGGCACCGACUUUGACGUCCCUUUUCACACUAGACGCUAGUGGCAACACAGUGGACACGGUCAACACUGAAAAUGUGCUCCUUUCAAAUCCGGUGUUCUACGUGGACGGUUUAAAUAUCCCAAACCUCGAGAACUUGAACAUGGAUUAUGUGGAUGAGCAAGACUACAAGCUUUGGCUUCAAGGGGGUGAUGCUGAAAUAUCUCUAUGCUCCAGCAUGAAGUAUGACUCUGACACCGCAGCGCUGGAGUGCACCAUCACCAGCUGCCUCGAUGCUUGGGACGUGCCGAGCGAGCCGAGUGUCGUCCUGCAAGUUGGUGACCUCCGGAGCGAAGCGCUGGCGGGGAAGCUCACCCUCCCACGGCCAGUCAUAAGCACGAUCUCUCCAGACCUUAUCUUGGAUGCAGGAUAUGUUGAGAUCGAGAUUUUUGGGAACUCCUUCUCAGAAGACAGAGAUGUUCUUGCACCCAAUGGCAGCUUUGAGGAGGCGUGCAUAGUAUGGCAGGCAAAGGCAGAGGGCCUGCUGGCUGAUGGAGUGGCAAGGCGCCUGAGCAUAGACGAGCACAUGAGUGAAACUGAGCUCUCCGCGCUUGUGCCCAACAGUUCGAGACCGAGACGACUUUCGGUGGCCGAGACUCUUCCGGCGAUGCAGCUGCUGGGCUCAGCCACCACCAUCACGGUCGGAAGCGCGACCUGCAACAUUCAAGUCCUGAACAACACCUAUGUAAAGUGUGGCAUGUCCGCAGCCAGAAGGGCGUCCCGAGCUGAACCGGAGGAUGGUGAGCUUCGAGGUAAAAUCAUUUCGGAGCAUCUCGGAGUGAAAGUGAGAAUGACAGUUGGCUCUCUUUCUGAAUCGAGCGUGCCGUAUUUGGCGACACAACUUUCUCAAUGUGAAGAGGAGGGGUACUACAGAAUUGGAGAAGACACUGAUGUAUGCGAACCGUGCCCCAAAGGGACUUAUUCAACAAGCUUCACUGACGAAUGGCCAUUAGGCUGUACUUUUUGUCCAUCGACUUCCUAUCAAGACGAGGUGGGGCAGACGGCGUGCAAAGCAUGUCCGGACAACACUGAGUCUGUGCCGCCAGCCGUUGCAUUGGAAGACUGUCGUUGCAAGAAAGGUUACUUCUCACCUGUCUAUGAUGAGACGCAGACAUAUGGAAUGCCCGGAUUUGCUUGUGUGGCCUGCAAUUCAGAGGAUUUCACAUUGGACCGAACCUUGGAUGACGCGCCGUGCAGUCUUGAGAACUUGGGCGAGCUUUGCGAUGAACCGGAUGCGCAUUCUUGUGUUCGAGUUCCAGCUGGAUCCUACACCUUCCGUCUUUGUAUGUCAUACUGUCCCGGUGGUACGAUGCUACCACUUGCAAAGCCUUAUUUUUACAUAUCCAAGCAUUCCCAAGUUGCGACCCCAAUCAAUGCAGACCAGACCGAGUACCAGCCAGUCAUCGAUACUUGCGUGCCUCUUUAUGCCUGCCUGAGUGCAAAUCAGUGCAGCGCGGGCUAUGAAGGUCUCAACUGUGGGCAGUGUGUCUUUGGUUACUUUGGCGAUCCCAAUUCGGACGACUGCGUUCAGUGCGGGGAGGAGCAGCAGAUUGGCACUUUGAUCAUGGCUGCUGUGGGAAUGAUGGGAACGUUUGGUGCCUUCUUCCUAUCUUUGCUCUACCUGAAAAUGCUGUCUGAUCCCAUUUUCAAAGGCCAAAUCAAGCUCUAUGUUGCCCGCAGGAUUGUGGAUAGAAUGAAAGCUGCCAUGGGAGUCUCUGGAGGUGGUGGCGGCAAAAAUCCUUUGGUGAAGUUGGCGGACAAGCUCCGAUUCAAAAGGGUUACCUUGGUCAUUCGAAAGCAGGAUGUGUCUGGCUAUUGGCACUACUUCAAGAACCGCGACCUUGGCUUUGUCUUCCGGGUUGACCGUGAUCGUACCGUGCACGUGGCUGGCGUUCGCCCGGGAUCACCUGCCUCGCGCAUGGGCAUCUCCCACUCCUGGCGGCUGCUGGUCAUCAAUGGAAAGCAUGUGCAGGCGGACACAGCCGCCUGGAAGAUGUGCAAGAUCAGUUGGCCCAGUGCAAACUUCCGAUAUAUUGUCUCUUCCGAGCACCACGGACAGAAAAAGAUGAUGAGGAGGCAGCCAUUGACAGCUCAGACGCCAAGGAGUUGA